GCGAGAAGGCUAUUCUGCAGCAACACGCUGUGUACGGAAAGUAUCUGACGAUAUUUUAUGCAGGUGCGUUGUAAGAAAAAAAUUUCGGUGGAAAACUUCUCGUGGGGAGUAAAGCCGGAAAUUUAUUGGAAAAUUUGCUUCGAACGAAUCUUCGAGUGACACUCUUUGUAUGACGCGUACACCGAUUUCUAGCCUUUAUGAUGCUGACGGGAUUUCUCUACAUGCUCAAAUCGAUUGUGUUGAUACUGAUAGAGGAUAGUUCGAACUCGACGAAACUGGCCGUGACGAAGCUGCCCUUCCGCGUGGAAUACGGCUACAAAAUAGACCAGUAUUUUUACCCGAUAUUGGUCCAUUGUUAUCUGACCGUAUUCUCUCACGUGACCGCCACGGUCGCGGCUGAUACCUUGUACAUUUCCUUGGUCCAGCAUGCCUGCGGGAUGUUCUCAGUCGUUGGACAUUCGCUGGAAAAUAUUGGCAAGGAUAGUGACGCUAGUUUUAUUCUGAAGCCUGACAAGAUAAAAGACGACAAUUACAGCGAGGCUUUAAAAUGCUUACGUAAACAUCUUGAUAUAAUAAAAUUCGCCGAAUUGAUUGAGUCUACAUUUACAAAAAUAUUCCUGGUUAGCAUUAGUUUAAAUAUGGUUGGUGGUAGUAUAUGCGGUAUACAAGUGUUGAUAAAUUUAAACGACGCGAAGGAUAUAAUAGCACCUCUCGCUAUUUAUAUCGCUCAACUCGGUCAUCUUUUUCUGCAGUUUUGGCAGGCUCAAUUUUUAUUAGAUUACAGCGCAGUUCCAUACGAAUCAAUUUGCAGGGGAAAUUGGUAUAAUACUUCGGACAGAUGUAGAAAACUUCUACUGUUAAUUAUGAGUAGAACCAUAUUACCGUGCAGAAUAACUGCUGGUAAAGUGGUAACUUUAUCCAUCGAAACCUUCAGCGUGGUUCUGAAAACAUCAAUGUCUUAUUUUACGAUGUUGCGACGAAAUCUUCACGGUCGCGACGUGAAUGUCCAAUUCAGCCAAGCGAAUGGCAAGCACUAUCGAUUGCAAACUAUAGUGAGAAAGGUAUUCCUGAAAAUGGCCGAGCGGAAGGAUAUUUGGCAAAGUCGCUAUUAUACGAUUCCGAGAGCAUACAUGAGACUGAUAGGAAUAUGGCCUUACCAUGCGAUUCAUAUUAAAUAUCUGCUCUUUGUGCCCAUGUUUACGUUCUCCGUCAGUAUUCUUGUACCUCAGCUGCUGUACCUGAUAAUCGCCGCGGCAAAUCUCGACGAUGUGUUCUCGUCCACCCCCUCGAUAUGGAUCACUAUAAUAUUCAGCUUUAAAAUAGCGAGCUUGAUGGCAAACAAUAGGAAAUUAGAGACUUGUCUUAAGACGAUAGAGGACGAUUGGUCGUCGUUGAAUACGGAUGCGGAGAGGGUUAUAUUGCAGCAACACACUGCGUACGGCCGGUACAUCACGCUGACAUACGGAGUUUUCAUGCAGUUUGUGGGAAUUCUCCUCAUAAUUAAGUCGUUCGCGGUGAUACUAAUAGAGGAUACCUCGGACGCGACGAUAUCCACCCUGGUGGCAGGAUCAAAACUGCCUUUUCGCGUGGAAUACGGCGAAAAAUUAGGCCAGUACCUGUACCCAAUGGCGAUACAUUGUUACUUGGCCGUGUUCGCUCACAUCAGUAUCACAAUCGCGGUCGACAGCUUCUACAUUGUUCUGGUGCGCCACGCGUGCGGCAUGUUCGCGAUUGUUGGACACACGCUGGAACACAUCGGCAAAGAUAGCGAUGAUAGUUUUGAGCUGAAGCCCGACAAGGUAAAAGAUCAUAAUUACAGCAGAGCUUUGAGCUGCUUGCGCAGGCAUCUGCAUGUGAUACAAUUCGCGGAACUGAUCGAGUCCACCUUUUCAAAUAUAUUUCUGGUCAGCGUUUGUUUAAAUAUGAUUGGUGGCAGUAUGAUCGGUAUACAAGUAAUUUUAAAUUUAAAUGACGCGAAAGAUAUCGUAGAACCACUUGCUAUUUAUAUUGCUCAACUCAUUCAUCUCUUCCUACAAUUCUGGCCGGCUCAAUUCCUGUUGGAUUACAGCAUCGUUCCUUACGAAUCAAUUUGCAAGUCAGAUUGGUAUUACACUUCAGGGAGAUGCCGAAAACUUCUCUUCUUGAUCAUGAAUAGAAGUGUACUACCGUGCAAAGUAACUGCUGGUAAAGUUGUGACUCUAUCCAUUGAAAGCUUUGGAACGGUUCUGAAAACGUCGAUGUCUUAUUUAACGAUGCUACGUUCCUUCAAUUGAUAAUUCCAACACGAUUCAGCUGCUUAACAAAAUUCUAAAAUUCAUAUUUACAUUGUUUAUCAAAUGUGCGUGAUAGUUUAGCGAUGGGCCUGAGUCUCCAUUAUUUUAUAAUAUAAAAAAUGUGCAAUAGAAAAUUUCACACCGAGAAAUUUCAUCUUUUAUCACAAUCAAAAGUCAUAAUAAAUCAUAUUGAGAAAAAAUACUGUUGAUUUUUUUGUUUUACAAUAAUCGACUAAAUUAUUCGUGAACAAAACCUUUAUAGCAACUUGAAUAUAUUUAUUUAACGGACAGUAAGUGCUAUUAAUUGCUGACAUCGUGGCUAGAAAGGGUUGAUUACUUCUAUUAGAAAAUAAUUAUGUAAUUAUCUCAUAGUGACAUAAUUACGAGCGUAUUGCGACACAAGGAAUUGAUAAUAAUGUUCUCGGAGCUUGCUGGAUUCACAAAGAAUUGUUGAUAGUCGCCAUGAGCUUAGUAUUCUUGAAAACGGUCGCGCAAAAAAGCAUUUGGCAAAAUCACUAUUACAAAGUUCCCAGAAAUUACAUGGCAUGAGUAGGUACUACAUCUGUUAAAAUUGGUUUAACCGAGGUCAACGAUCUGAUCGAGUGCGUGCCGUUGAUAAUGAUCACUAU